CGCCCGCGACCUUGGCUCGUACGUAGCAGCGAUGGAAGCAGAACCAGCGGGCUACUCGGAGGCCUGAUUCGCGUGUACGCGAUCCGCGCUCACUCGCUCGGCGCUAGCGUGCUCCGAAGGCCGUCAGAACCGCCUGGAAUCAGCGGUGCCGGUGUCACUUGACGGGGAGCGGUGCGUGUGGCAGCGGACCGGCAGUCAUGAGCGGCUACGUCGGUGAUCUCUCGGCCUCGCAGCAAGCCGCGCUUGACCGGUUCCGGAAACGAGUGUCCGAUGUCACCAAGCCGGAACACACCGACCACUUCCUGCUCAGGUGGCUGCGAGCGCGGGAGUUCGAUGAAGUCAAGGCGGAGCACAUGCUGCGAGAGAGCAUGGCCUGGCGGAAGAAAGUGGGCGCCGACACCAUCGUCACCGACUACCAGCCUUCGGAGCUCUUCCUCAAGCACUUCCCGGGUGGCUUCUUGGAAUGCUCGCCGGAAGGACAUCCCUGCUACCUGCUGCCUAUCGGAAGCGUAGACAUCAAAGGCUUUCUGGAGUUGGUCCCGGCGGACGACAUCAAACGACACACCCUGUAUUUGCUCGAGAAUUUGAUGGAUCGCCUCAAGCGCAGCACGACGCAGAAAAAGAAAGUGAUGGAGACUGUCUUCUUCAUCGCCGACUUUGAGAACUUCACGCUGCGGCAGAUCUACUCGUGGCAAGUCGUCACCUUGCUGACGGACAUGCUAAAGGCCUACGAGGACAACUACCCGGAGAUUCUCGAAAAAGCUUACGUCAUCAACGCGCCACGCUUCUUCCCACUUCUCUGGAAGUUCAUCCGACCCUUCCUGACACAGCGCACGGUCGAAAAGGUGGCCAUCUAUGGCACAGACGACUGGAAGAAGGGCCUCAUGGAGCGUUUCGAUCCUGACUUCAUGCCGCAGCACUGGGGCGGAACCAUGGUGGGACCGGACGGAGAUCCUCGAUGUCCUCACUUGGUGUGCCCCGGCGGCGAAGUUCCCGCCUCGUUCAGGGAGGAACUGGCCAAGCGGCGGAUUUCGCGCGAGGCCGGCGCGUGCGUGCAACGCAUCGAGCGCCGUUCCCGCUGGGAGCUGCCCAUGCGCGUGUCGCGGUCCGGCGAGCGUCUGUCCUGGAGCUUCCAGACGGCCACGGGGGACUUGUCCUUCGGUAUACGCUACGAGCCUCCGUUCGGGGUCGGCGGGGUCGGCGAGUACCUGAUCGAGCCGCAGAGGUUGCCCACCUGCAGCCUGGUGGCCGAGCGCGGACGCCUCGUCUGUGAUAAACCCGGAACAUACGUCCUGGAGUUCGACAACUCUUACAGCUGGGUCAACAGCAAGACCUUGGCCUAUAUCGUCGAAGUCCUGCCACCGCAAGACGAGAACGGACUUGAUUCGUCGUCGCUUUAAUGGACUGUCUACAUUACUGUCACAUAGCAAAAUCGAGAGUGACCUAGCUCUACGAAGAAAAACGCAGAGGGGGUCAUUGCCCGAAGCAUACUCCGGCCACCAAGUCGCCGUGCCACUCUAGCAAUGCAAGGCGGAGCUACACAGAGAACGGUGACAUUCGAACUUCGUUGCCGCGCGACAGACGGGCCUGUUCCAUACUGGCGACCUAUACCAGAUGACAUUACCGGUGCUUGCACGGUGCCUGGUACUCGUACAAACCACAGUCUUUGUGGCGCAUGGACCUUAAACUUGCCCAAGUGGCAGCGCAGAAAUGCUACCAGCGAAUGAGAUUGUUUUUGUGCUUGGUGCUCAGUGGUACUGAAAACGCACUGCUUCAUGGACACUCAAGUACAUAUUCUCUAAAGUCUCCUGGGUAUGCCAGUGGGAAGCUUUAACGCCCAUCGCAUAUCUUGCAGUAUUCAAAUUAUUCGCUUAACGACACUCAUUUUAGGGUUAUGUUUCUCAAUUUUUGAACUUUUUAUUACUAUCACGGAGUCUCAGUAAAGAUAUUGCACAAACGCG